AUGGCAGCGCACACAGUCUUUCAUUCCGAUAGUCGUGUAUCAAACAUUCCCACAAAGCAAAAACGCUUGGCGCAUAUGUUUCUUAGUCCAUUUAGGCGUUUCAAUCACAAUGGCAAGAAACGUUCGGACAAACAUUUAUCUUCUGCUGAACUGUUAGAUAGUUGCACGGUUAAUUUAAACACAAAUGGUGGUCUCGACGUUCUCCCAGUUGCUGCAUGUCCCAAUUCAGUUCGAAACAACUCCCUCCUAGUUGAUGAAGGCAACUACCGACCAGAAAAAUGCUCUACUCCAAUAGUUCAUCUUGAAUCACGUGUUAAUCUUGGUUAUUCUACUUCUGUAACUCAAUCCCACUUCACCGAAGCCAGUAAUCCUAUGAGUGAAUUAAAUACUUAUGUCCGAGGGCAGACUACUGAGUUGGCUUCCAGUAUCAACCAACGCUUAAUGACUCAAUCUUCGCAACCUCUUAAAAAGUUAAAUAGAAUAAAGAAAUAUAUAACAAGUCACCAAGUAACUUAUCCUCAAUUGACACCGGUUAGCCGGAAUGCUUUAACUCGCGUUUCUGAAAUAUCUAACCAAACAACCAUCGAUAAAUCCAAUUUUUUAGUUUGUUUAUUAUAG